AUGGAGAGAGCCAAUGGUUCCAUGUUGACAGAAUUUGUCUUGGUGGGGCUCUCUGACCACCCAAAGCUCCAGAAAGUUUUAUUUGUGCUGGUUUUGUGCAUGUAUCUGCUGAUCCUGCUUGGGAAUGGAGUCCUCAUCUCAGUAGUCAUCUACGGCGUGCACCUGCACACCCCCAUGUACUUCUUCCUCUGCAACCUUUCCUUCCUGGACAUCUGCUACACAAGCUCUUCUGUCCCACUCAUUCUCGGUAGCUUUCUGAAAGGAAGGAAGAGAGUUUCCUUCCCUGAAUGCAUGGUCCAAAUGUUCUUCUCCUUUGCCAUGGGUGCCACAGAAUGUGUGCUGCUAGGCACGAUGGCACUUGACCGCUUUCUGGCCAUUUGCUACCCACUGAGAUACCCUGUCAUCAUGAGCAAAGGUACCUAUGUGCCCAUGGCGGUUGGAUGUUGGGUUGCUGGGACUGUUGACUCGUUGGUGCAGACAUCUCUGGCAGUGCAUUUACCAUUCUGUAGUAACAAUGUCAUUCACCACUUUGAGUGUGAAAUUCUGGCCAUUCUGAAACUGGCUUGUGGAGAUAUUUCAAUCAACGUGAUUAGCAUGGCCGGGUCAAACCUGCUUUUUCUAGCUGUUCCAUUGAUAGUCAUCGCCGUCUCUUAUGUUUUCAUCAUUACCACCGUCCUGAGGAUCCCUUCCUCUGAAGGCAAACAGAAGGCCUUCUCCACGUGCUCUGCCCACCUGACAGUGGUGAUUAUAUUCUAUGGUAGCAUCUUCUUCAUGUAUGCAAAGCCCAAGUCAAAAGCCACGGCUGGGGAAGGACAUCAAAGUCUGACUGAGGUCCUCAUCUCUUUUUUUUAUGGGGUGGUGACCCCCAUGCUCAAUCCUCUCAUCUACAGUCUGAGGAACAAGGAUGUGAAGGCUGCUGUCCAGAGCAUGCUGGGAGGAAAUCGUCUGAUGAAACAUAAAUGA